CUCCUAACCGCCUUCCUCUCCAUCACCUACUAACACACAUCAUUCCUCGCUUCUCCUUGUGUGUUGUCUGUCCCUCCUCCAUCUAUUUCUCACUCUUCACUCACUCAGCCUUGCCUCCUUUCACAAAUACCCAUGUGCAGAUACCAAUGUUGAUUGGCACGCGAGGACAGAGCAUCCUCUUUUCCAAACUGGCAGCCGGGUAGUUUUAUUGCGUGACCAGACUUCUUGACACAGAGCACAGCUGAGGAAGAGGAUAAGGAACAAGCAAUGGAGUACAGCCACAUCUUCCCAGUUCUUUCCCAGAAUGGGAGCACCUGGAGCACGGGGCAGAAUCCCACCAAGGGAUGCCCUCUUGGACCUCUGCCUGUCAUCUACUACAGUAUCCUGCUGUGCCUCGGGCUGCCAGCGAACCUCCUAACAGUGGUUAUCCUGUCCCAGCUGGUGCUGCGUCGUCAGAAGUCGUCCUACAACUAUCUUCUGGCUCUGGCAGCUGCAGACAUCCUAGUUCUGCUCCUCAUUGUUUUUGUUGAUUUCAUAUUGGAGGAUUUCAUAUUGGCUACACCACUGCCACCAUCAUUAAACAGCGCAGUGCAGGUUCUGGAGUUCUCCUCCAUCCACACCUCCAUCUGGAUCACCGUGCCUCUCACCAUUGACCGCUACAUUGCCGUUUGCCACCCGCUCCGUUACCACACGGUCUCCUACCCAGCUCGCACACGCAGGGUGAUAUUCGCCGUCUACCUUGGAUGCUUACUCUCAGCAGCUCCUUAUUAUUGGUGGCCUGAGCUGUGGCACAGCCUGCCUGAGGUUGGCAGUGGCGAUGAUGAAGGAGGAGGAGGAGGAGAGAGUAGCAGAAGAACAGUGGUCCAGCAUGUCCUGGUGUGGGCGCACUGUGCCACCGUCUACCUCCUUCCCUGCUCUGUCUUCUUCACCCUUAACGCUGUCAUUGUGCGCAAGCUGCGGAGACGCCGCAGCUGCUUCAGACUGCGUGGAUAUUCCACCGGCAAGACCACCGCCAUUCUCCUUGCCAUUACCUCUAUUUUUGCUGUUUUAUGGGCACCACGCACCUUCAUGAUCCUCUACCACUUCUACUCGCCUCCGCCAGCCUCGGAUAGUGCCAGCCGUCUGCUCCACAUGCUCACUGAUAUGGCAAACAUGCUGGCCUUGCUCAACACUGGUGUCAACUUCUUCCUAUACUGCUUCAUCAGCAAGCGCUUUCGGGGCAUGGCGGCUAACGUGCUGCGAGCCCUGGUCCACUGCCGGAAGCAGGCGCCGACAUUCUAUGCCAGCCACAAUUUCUCCAUCACAAGCAGUCCGUGGAUCUCGCCAGCCAACUCCCACUGCAUAAAGAUGUUGGUGUACCAGUACGACAAAAACGGGAAGCCCAUCUGUAUCUCCUCCUGAGUCCACAGCCACCAGCAGCCUCCCCAGCCCUCAACUGUUGGGGAGCAUAUUUGUUCCUGUGGCAGAUAGCUUCCCCCAGAUGGGAAGUCUCUUUAAGGCUAAAAAGAUGUCAACAUGCCAAGAGAACACAAAGUGAUAGUUGAGGUUGCUUUGAUCGAUAAUGCACUGGUCAAUGAGAAAGUUGAUUUAUGAUAGGAAAAGGGAAAGCCUCUCGUGUUCAACAUCGUAUUCACAAAGUAGCCAAGAGCAUCAAAUAGAUGCUGAUUGUUUUCUUCUUGCAAAAAAUAAAUCAUUUUCACUCUGUUACUGCAACGUACAGACAAAUGAAGCAAGAUCACCACGUAUCACUGAUCACACAGGAACUAGCAAAAGUAGAAUGACUCCUUGGUUCAGCUUCCAGUUUCACCGCGUAGCCAGAGAUGAGGAACGUUGUGUCUUUGUACUGGUGGGAGACGUGUCCAGGAAGCAGGGAUCCACUCUGGCCACUGGACGUCUCACCU